AAGCUAUUUUCUGUCAUUCAUUUUUCAUGUGUUUCUCUCUCAGCUCCUGUGUCCUCUGUCCAGCUGGUCCAUGACUGUUUGUCUCAGCUACAGAUGAAGGUGUCCUGUGUGUCUCAAGGCGACAGUCCUCAGUACAGCUGGACUCUGGAUGGACACACACUGACCGACUCUGAGCUCUUCUCUAGAAAUACUCGGACCAACAUCAUCGUUCUGAGACAAAACAUCUCAGGACAUCUGGUCUGUUCAGUCAGGAAUCAAGUCAGUAACUCCUCCAAAGAGAUGAACUUAAAUUACUGUGUGGAGAAAACUUCAUGUGAUGGCAGACAGCAUGGAGCUCAGUGUUUUGCAAACUUGAGAGGAGCAGUAGACAUUCAGCUGACGAACAACGUGUCAGAAAUACCCAGAUUCACAUGGAUAAAGGGCAACUCUAUAAUACUAAAAUGGAGGAAAAAGAAAAUUGUUACUCCAAAGAACGACAGAAUUCCCUUUUUUCCCAGUAAUGGAUCAGUCAGGAUCAAUGACCUGACAAGGACUGACAGCGGUGAAUAUAAAAUUGAUAUGUUUGAUGAAGAUGGAUAUAUGAUGGGAUGUAGAACUCUGCAACUAUUUGUUCAAGCUCCUGUGUCCUCUGUCCAGCUGUCCCAUGACUGUUUGUCUCAGGGACAGAUGAAGGUGUCCUGUGUGUCUCAGGGCGACAGUCCUCAGUACAGCUGGACUCUGGAUGGACACACACUGACCGACUCUGAGCUCUUCUCUAGAAAUACUGAGACCAACAUCAUCGUUCUGAGACAAAACAUCUCAGGACAUCUGGUCUGUUCAGUCAGGAAUCAAGUCAGUAACUCCUCCAAAGAGAUGAACUUAGCUGGCUGUGCACUUGAACCUUCCUGUGAUGGCAGACAAAAUGGAGCUCAGUGUUUUGGAGUUUUGGGAGGAGCAGUAGAUGUUCAACUGAUGGACGACGUGUCAGAAAUACCCAGAUUCAAAUGGAACAUUAAUAACUCUGCGAUAUUCUUUUGGAAGAAUAACAAAGUUGUUCCUUCAAAGGACGACAGAAUUCCCUUUUUCCCCAGUAAUGGAUCAGUCAGGAUCAAUGACCUGACAAGGACUGACAGCGGUGAAUAUGAACUUGAAAUGUUUGAUGGAAAUGGAAAAAACAUAGGAUGGAGAACUCUGCAACUGUUUGUUAAAGCUCCUGUGUCCUCUGUCCAGCUGUCCCAUGACUGUUUGUCUCAGGGACAGAUGAAGGUGUCCUGUGUGUCUCAAGGCGACAGUCCUCAGUACAGCUGGACUCUGGAUGGACACACACUGACCGACUCUGAGCUCUUCUCUAGAAAUACUGAGACCAACAUCAUCGUUCUGAGACAAAACAUCUCAGGACAUCUGGUCUGUUCAGUCAGGAAUCAAGUCAGUAACUCCUCCAAAGAGAUGAACUUAGCUGGCUGUGCUGUGAAAACUUCCUGUGAUGGCAGAAAAAAUGGAACUCAGUGUUUUGGAGUUUUGGGAGGAGCAGUAGACGUUCAGCUGAUGGACGACGUGUCAGAAAUAUCCAGAUUCACAUGGAAAAGGAACAACUCUGUGAUACUCUUUUGGAGGAAUAACAAAGUUGUUACUUCAAAGGACGACAGAAUUCCCUUUUUCCCCAGUAAUGGAUCAGUCAGGAUCAAUGACCUGAGAAGGAAUGACAGCGAUGAAUAUAAACUUGAUAUGUUUGAUGAAAAUGGAAAGGAAACAGGAAGGAGAACUCUGCAACUAUUGGUUAAAGCUCCUGUGUCCUCUGUCCAGCUGUCCCAUGACUGUUUGUCUCAGGGACAGAUGAAGGUGUCCUGUGUGUCUCAAGGCGACAGUCCUCAGUACAGCUGGACUCUGGAUGGACACACACUGACCGACUCUGAGCUCUUCUCUAGAAAUACUGAGACCAACAUCAUCGUUCUGAGACAAAACAUCUCAGGACAUCUGGUCUGUUCAGUCAGGAAUCAAGUCAGUAACUCCUCCAAAGAGAUGAACUUAGCUGGUUGUGGCUUUAUUAACUGCACUUCCAAUGGGACACAAAUAGCUAAGUGGGUGUAUAAAGAAAACAACACCCUGUGUGUUGAACCAACAACAGUCCCUCCAACAACCAAAUAUACUAGUGUGGGUAAGAAGACACAGUCAAAUACUUCUGCUAGCAGCCCUAACGACAAUGGUCAUCCUUGGUACAUUAGGCUGUUGCCAGUAAUGGGUGGUGUUUUAGCAGCGCUCGUAAUUGUCUUGAUAGCCAGCAUAGCAUUCAUCUGUGUCCACAAGAAAAAGAAAAACACAAAAGCAGUGGAGAAGGAGGAUGAUGACCAGGAAAUGACCUAUGCUGAUGUCAGGAUUGUGAAAAAGCAGGGGAGAAGAGUGGAGAAAAGUGAGGAGGCUGACGUGGAGUACGGCCAGGUCAAGUUUUCAAAGAAACCAAGAAUAUCUCAAACUAACCCGACAGUGGAUGAUACCGUGUAUGCACAAGUACGAAAAGGCAGGUGAUGUGUAAUGUCUAGCGGGCUUAUUUUUACACAUCUACAAAGACGACGCUAUGAAAGGCUGAUAGAGAGAAAGAGAGAGAGAGAGAGAGAGAGAGAGAGAGAGAGAGAGAUGAUGUAAAGUGAAAAAAGCUUUUAUUUUAUAUCACUUCCUGCUGAAACUAGAGUAAUUGUCCUUUUAUGGAGAUUACUGCAGCUGCCUGGCUUGAACUCCCAGCGUGGGUCAUUCACUGUUUGUCUAUAAAUUCCCCCUGUUCCUGUUUAAUUCGAUUCUGAAUAAAAGAAAAUAGUGCCGCAAAAUUGUUUAAAAUAUCAAGUCAUAACAGCUAAGGUUUAUUGUGCUGCUUGUUUUUUGGAAGUUCAUUUAUUAUUACAGUUUUAACUUAUUAAACGUGACGCUUGCUUCUCGAUAGCGUAAAGUCAGCUUGGUGAGCAACACCUUAUAACACUUGAAGAUAUGUUUUAGAUGUCUUUAAUUUAAAAGUGUUCUUCCUAAAUAUGUUAUUGUACUCAAAAAGCUGUAAUGCUGUUACAAAAAGCUGCAUGUGAUGUUUAUCAAAUUAAAAUAUGUUUGAUGAAUACCA